UCAGUGAUUUCCUAAGCGUGAGAGCAUGCAAAUCUUAAUCAGCUAUGAUUCACAAUCACAGCUUGAAUAGUUGGCUUGGCAUUAUCAACGAGCGUUCACUUGAAGACAGUCCACAAUUGACGACGGCCUCAAACGAACGCGAAUGCGAUUGUAAAACUUUAAUUUAAUCACGCGCUUUUGGCGACGAGGCGGAGAGUGCAGUUACAUGUGUAUGAAAAUACAAGUGUGUGGGUGUGUGUGUGUGUAGCGUUAAGCGAACGGAGGCUUAUUUUAUACUUUAAUAAAUAUAAUUCACUCGAUUAACUAUCGGAACUACAACCCAACAGAGCGCGCCCGAUAGCCUUUGUGCGUCACUUCAGCCGUUGAUAAGCGUCGCUCUACCAACAUUGAACAACACUUUCGUUAAUCAGCAGUGUUUAUUUUUGGAAAAAAAAAUAAAUAAAUAAAAAUAUUUUUACACUGCUUAUCAGCGCGCCAAAUGGUGGUCAGUGUCGCGCUGUGUGGGACUGAAAUUUUGCUCGCAUUCAUUGUUUGAGCGUCCAAAGUGAAGUUAAGAAAAAUAUUUUUUUGUGUACUCUGCACGUCAAUUUAACAGUGUUUUUUUUUUUUUUUUUUUGGAGAGCGAUGAAGAAACAGUAUUUAUUUAAGUAGUGAUACAAGAGACUCGCGUGUCAUACGUACGCCAGCUCGACGAGCCCCUUUUUGUUCAACAGCCAACACCCAAUCACAAUUACGAUACACUUACAUAUGUACACACUGAUAAAUAAAUCGUAAAUAAAAUAAACAGAAUCUUAGCUCUGAUCUCGUCUGCAGCGCAUUCAGUUUCAGUGUCAGUUUACUCGUCGCGUAUGCAACAACAUGUCGCGCUUAAAGCUUACAAUUCUCCUACUGAGUUCACUUUCGGUCUACUUGCGUGUCAACGCAGACGAGUCGAGUACUUGGUCUUUGAAUUUCGGUGGUCUCUCGCUCUUUAAUAUACCACAAUUCGGUCGCUCGUUAGCCGAAGCUGUGGGUGUUAUCACCGAGAAUCCCCUAAAUACCGUCGAUAUUUUGCCACGUGGCCGUGUUGCAGAUCCUUAUGUACCGGAAGAUGCACAUUUGAAAACGCCGGAGUUAAUUGAAAAGUAUGGUUUUCCUUCGGAAAUUCAUCAUGUAACCACCGAUGAUGGUUACAUUUUGGAAUUGCAUCGGAUUGCGCGUGAGGGCGCCACACCGGUGCUGUUGAUGCAUGGUUUGUUGGAUUCAUCGGCGACAUGGGUUAUGAUGGGACCCGAUAAGGGACUCGCAUAUCUCCUCUAUAACACUGGCUAUGACGUUUGGAUGCCGAAUGUGCGGGGUAACACCUACUCACGCAAUCAUACCAAGUACAGCACGAAGCAUGCCAAGUUCUGGGAUUUCACAUUUCAUGAGAUGGGAAAAUAUGAUUUACCAGCAAGCAUUGAUUACAUUUUGGAGGAAACGGAAGAGGAGAAGUUGCACUACAUCGGCCACUCACAGGGCACCAUGACAUUCUGGAUAAUGUGUAGUGAACAUCCGGAGUAUAGUGAUAAGAUCAUCCUAAUGCAAGCAUUGGCGCCAGUGGCUUAUGUAAAGCAUAGUAAAAGUCCGGUUGUCGAAUUUUUGGCCUUCUUUCAGGACCCACUCAGUAUGCUACUAAAGCUGAUUGGAGCUCAUGAGUUUUUGCCCGGCAACGAAUUUAUGACGAUGUUCAGUCAAAUAAUCUGUGAUGAGGACACCUUUACACUGAACAUCUGCUCUGAUGUACUUUUCCUGAUAGUUGGCUUUGACAAGGCGCAAGCGAAUGAGACAAUGUUGCCCGUCGUACUCGGUCAUUCGCCCGCCGGUGCCUCCACCAAACAAAUGCAACAUUUCGGUCAGCUAAAACGUUCGGGGCAUUUUCGUCAAUACGAUCACGGUUGGAUACGCAAUUACUGGAUUUAUAACAGCAUUACACCGCCGGAUUAUCAUUUCGAGAAUGUACGCAACAAGGUAGCACUGCAUUACUCACAAAACGAUUGGCUCGCCACGCCGCCGGAUGUUGAGCAACUUCACCUGCAGCUGCCGAAUGUCAUUGGCAAAUUCCUAGUGAGCUAUCCGAAUUUCAAUCAUUUGGAUUUCGUUUGGGGUGUGGAUGCUCAUAAGCUGCUGUACAAUCGCGUGCUGCGGCUAAUGAGUUUGGUGGAGCGCAAAGAGCUUUAAGAGUUAACUUUUGUAUUUAAGGAAUUAGCAAAUAAUGUAAAAAUUAAUAUUUUAAUUAUAAGAAUGAAACGUGUACCUAACAUUUAAUGUAUUUGUUACGUAAUCUUAAAUUUGCUUACAUCAAUCAGGCUAUAAAUAGAAAGUAAAUCAAUCAAAUGAAGACGCCUACAUU